AUGGGUGGACCAUCUGGCCUACAUGACCUACUUUACCGUACCAGCUACUCAAUGACUCUGAUAGUGCUCUUUGAGGAUUUCACUUCACAACUGGAGCGCAGAUUAACUCGUGGAGCAGCAAACUGCACUGAUCUCAGAUUCGUCGGGUUCUUCGCCGUGCGACUGUUGUUUUGGUACUUUGUUUUUGAGUUUGUCCUUCAUUUCAUCCAUGUUCACUCACUCUUCAACUCUCCUUUGGACAUCUUGCACCGUCUGAACAAUUACGAACUGGCCGCCGUUUCGUAUGUGACUGGGCAGCUAUUCUUUAUGAAAUAUGUAGUGCUAUUCGGUCUUCCGUCACUGUUCGCUUAUCUGGACGGUAUGUGUUGUAGGAGCGAAAAC